AUGGCUGACCUUAGUAUAUUAACAUCUACUACUGAGAGGACUAGCUUGGCAGACUCUUCCAUUUUUGAUUCUAAGGUUACUGAAAGUUCCAAGGAAAACUUAUUUAUUGAAUCUACUUCCUGUAUUGAAGAAGAAAUGCCUCAGAUUGAAACAAGAGUGGUAAUGGUUCAAGAAGCUGGAAAACAAGAAGAAGUUAUACAAGCAUUAAAGACUAUUAAAAUAAUGGAAGUCCCAGUUUUAAAGAUAAAAGAAAGUUGUCCUGGAAAGUCGGAUGAAAAAUUAAUAAAAAGUGUUAUUAAUAUGGAAAUUAAAGUACCGUAUAUAAAGAUGGACUCAUUGGAAGAAUUUGAAAGUUUGGAUUCCCCAGAAUUCGAGAAUGUAUUCGUACUCAUGGACUUCCAGAAUUCUGUCUUUAAUGAUUUAUACAAGGCUGAUUGUAGAAUUAUUGGACCACCAGUUGUAUUAAACUCUGCACAAAAAGGAGAGCCUUUGCCAUUUUCCUGUCGCCCACUGUAUUGCACAAGUAUGAUGAAUCUAGUGUUAUGUUUUACUGGAUUCAGGAAGAAAGAGGAACUAGUCAGAUUGGUGACAUUGGUUCAUCAUAUGGGUGGAGUUAUUCGAAAAGACUUUAAUUCAAAAGUCACACAUUUGGUGGCAAAUUGUACAGAAGGAGAAAAAUUCAGGGUUGCUGUUAGUUUGGGUACUCCAAUUAUGAAGCCAGAUUGGAUUUACAAAGCAUGGGAAAGGCGGAAUGAGCAAGAUUUCUGUGCAGCAGUUGAUGACUUUAGAAAUGAAUUUAAAGUUCCUCCAUUUCAAGAUUGCAUUUUGAGUUUCCUGGGAUUCUCAGAUGAAGAGAAAACCAAUAUGGAAGAAAUGACAGAAAUGCAAGGAGGUAGCUAUUUAGCGGUUGGAGAUGAAAGAUGCACUCACCUAAUAGUUGAAGAGAAUACAGUAAAAGAACUUCCAUUUGAACCUUCAAAGAAACUUUACGUUGUCAAGCAAGAGUGGUUCUGGGGAAGCAUUCAAAUGGAUGCUCGUGCUGGAGAAACUAUGUAUUUGUAUGAAAAGGCCAAUACUCCUGAACUCAAGAAAUCAGUGUCACUGCUUUCUCUAAGUACCCCAAACAGUAAUCGCAAAAGACGUCGUUUAAAAGAGACACUUGCUCAGCUUUCAAGAGAGACAGACAUGUCACCUUUUCCUCCCCGAAAGCGUCCGUCAGCUGAACAUUCCCUUUCUAUAGGGUCACUCCUAGAUAUCUCCAACACACCAGAGUCUAGCAUUAAUUAUGGAGAAACACCGAAGUCUUGUAAUACAUCUUCUAAAAAUUCCACUCCCAUUCCUUCAAAGCAGUCAGCCAGGUGGCAAGUUGCGAAAGAGCUCUAUCAGACUGAAAGUAAUUAUGUAAAUAUUUUGGCAACAAUUAUUCAAUUAUUUCAGGUACCCUUGGAAGAGGAAGGACAGCGUGGUGGGCCUAUCCUUGCACCAGAAGAGAUUAAGACUAUUUUUGGUAGCAUCCCAGAUAUCUUUGAUGUACACACUAAGAUAAAGGAUGAUCUUGAAGACCUUAUAAUUAAUUGGGAUGAGAGCAAAAGCAUUGGUGAUAUCUUUCUUAAAUAUUCAAAAGAUUUGGUAAAAACCUACCCUCCCUUUGUAAACUUCUUUGAAAUGAGCAAGGAUACUAUUAUUAAAUGUGAAAAACAGAAACCCAGAUUUCAUGCAUUUCUCAAGAUAAAUCAAGCUAAACCAGAAUGUGGACGGCAAAGCCUUGUUGAACUUCUCAUUCGACCAGUACAGAGGUUACCCAGUGUUGCAUUACUUUUAAAUGAUCUUAAGAAGCAUACAGCUGAUGAAAAUCCUGACAAAAGCACUUUAGAAAAAGCUAUUGGAUCACUUAAAGAAGUAAUGACGCAUAUCAAUGAGGAUAAGAGAAAAACAGAAGCACAAAAGCAAAUUUUUGAUGUUGUUUAUGAAGUAGAUGGAUGCCCAGCUAAUCUUUUAUCUUCUCACCGAAGCUUAGUGCAACGAGUUGAAACAAUUUCUCUAGGUGAGCACCCCUGUGACAGAGGAGAACAAGUGACUCUUUUCCUCUUCAAUGACUGCCUUGAGAUAGCAAGAAAACGGCACAAAGUUAUUGGCACUUUUAGGAGUCCUCACGGCCAUGCCCGACCUCCAGCUUCCCUUAAGCAUAUUCACCUAAUGCCUCUUUCUCAGAUUAAGAAGGUGCUGGACAUAAGAGAGACAGAAGAUUGCCAUAAUGCUUUUGCCUUGCUUGUGAGGCCACCGACAGAGCAGGCAAAUGUGCUGCUAAGUUUCCAGAUGACAUCAGAUGAACUUCCAAAAGAAAACUGGUUAAAGAUGCUGUGUCGACAUGUAGCCAACACCAUUUGUAAAGCAGAUGCUGAGAAUCUUAUUUACACUGCUGAUCCUGAGUCCUUUGAAAUGAAUACAAAAGAUAUGGAUAGUACAUUGAGUAGAGCAUCUAGAGCAAUAAAAAAGACUUCAAAAAAGGUUACAAGAGCAUUUUCUUUUUCAAAAACUCCAAAGAGAGCUCUACGAAUGGCUCUUAUGCCAUCCCAUAGCUCAGUGGAGGGAAGAAGUCCUCCCAGCAGUGAUAAACAUGGAGUGAGUCGUCUGCCUAGCACAUCAUCAUUAGCAGGUAUCCCAUCUCCCUCUCUUGUCAGCCUUCCUUCCUUCUUUGAAAGAAGAAGUCAUACUCUAAGUAGAUCUACAACUCAUUUGAUAUGAAACUUAAAAAAAAAAACUUAAGAAAUAUGUAAAUUCAUAUUCAAAUAAGAGACUGACUUAUGGUACUUGUAUUUAGCCCUUGGUAAAAGCUGAAAAGAAGAAAACUAACACUAAACUAUGCCAUUUGAUUUUCUUCUCGAAAGACUAAAGUUUACCUCUUCUGUUUAAAGUUAAUUCAUGUAAAAAAUUAUAUUGAUUUUGAUGUAAUUUAUCUCUUUGCUUAUAUUUCUUAUCCGAAGACCAAUAAGUUAAGUUAUUCAUGUUAUCACUAGCUUUGUAACCCUGAAACAGUAAUUAAAUUUUAUUGUAGGUGUUACUUGUGAAUGUGUUUGUAUAGUAUCUGUGAAUGAGUUUAUGGAAGUACAUAUUUAUGUAUCUCAAUUUGUGUGGAGAUUAAAUGAUAGUACAAUACUUAAUGAAUAAAAAUCUGCAUAUAUUCCUGAUUAAAUAGUGCAGCUUUGUUUCACAUGCACCAUUUAAUGUAUUUAACUGCUGUUUUUUACAGUAUAUUUUCUUAAACAUUUUCAAGAUCUAGCAUGAUUUGCAUUUAUUAAUAAGUAUAACAUUUAAAGAAGAGUGUUUCAAAAUGUGCUUGCAAAUUGAGAUAAGGACAGAAAGAUUUAAAAACUUUGUAUAUUUUGCAAAAGCAAUAUAUUGGAUAUACUUGUAGCUGUUUCAGAGACAAUAUAUUUUUGGUAAUUUUUAGCCAUUAGCAAAUAUUGAUUUAGUUUGAUACUGUAUUGACUUUAAUUUCAAAGGAGAAAACCAUUGUAAAGAUUGUUUAUGCUCUUGAUGCAAUAAUUCUAAAGUUGCCAUCAGUUUUAUUAAUCUCUUGUGGAAUACAUAGAUAUAUGUAUGGUCAACUUAUUGUGAUCUUAUAAUUAAAUGUAAAAUUGGAAAUUUACUUUUGUAAAAUAUUUUUCAAAGUCAUGUUAUCAUUCACAGUAGUAUUUUUUAAAUCAUCCCUACCUGUUUAAGGAUUACUGAAAAGAUUUCAUAGUUACUUAACAGUUUUUAAUUAUCUACUUUAAUAGUUUAAUUGACCAUAUAGAUUUUUUUCUAUGCCAUGUAUGUGUCACUUCAGAGAUUAAUAAAUGACCUUUUUUGGGCUGUAUUUUAAAAGUAGUUAUAUAAGUAGAACUUUGUAAAUAAAUAACUUAAAACCUAA